CGCGCAAGCGCGUAUCACAUCUCUUCAGACUUCCUCCCUACCACUCUCCCUUCCCUUCAUAUCUGCCCAGCAUGUCUAUCAUGGAAUAUAACGGUGGCUCCGUCAUAGCCAUGGUGGGGAAGGACUGUGUCGCCAUUGCUUCGGACCUGCGGCUAGGAAACCAGGCCCUGGGCAUCUCAUCCAACUUCCAAAAGGUAUUUCCAGUAACGGAUCGGAUCUAUGUUGGACUGGCUGGCUUAGGGACGGACGUGAUAACAUUGCGCGAACGCUUCCGUUAUCGGGUCAACAUGUACACGAUCAAGGAAGAAAGAGAGAUUGAACCUGAAACGUUUGCUCACCUUGUCUCCUCCACGCUAUAUGAACACCGCUUUGGCCCAUACUUCAUUGAACCCGUCGUUGCUGGACUAUCAAAGACUCCAUCAGGGGGCCUCAAGCCAUUCAUAGCUGCCACUGAUCUGAUCGGAUGCAUCAACUUUGCCAAAGACUUCGUGGUGUCGGGUACUGCAAGUUCAAAGCUGUUUGGUUUGGCUGAGGGUUUGUGGGAACCAGACCUCGAGCCUGAAGAUCUCUUCGAGACCAUCUCUCAAACUCUUCUCAAUGCCGUAGACAGAGAUGCUUACUCAGGCUGGGGAGCAGUCGUCCAUGUCCUGACGAAGGACAAAAUCAUCAGCCGCACUCUGAAGGGUAGAAUGGAUUAAAGUCUCGCAAUCUCUGUAUUAUACAAACCUUCUAUACGAUGUUGCAUGUACCGCAUACCUAAUGACUUCAAGAGGUUGC